CGGGGUCGGCGGCGGCGGCGGCGGCGAGACCCCCGUGUGCGCCGCCGCCCGUGGCGUGUUGCAGGCCGGGUCGCUAUUGCGGGACACAGGAAGGGGCUGGAGCAGCCGCGAGUGGCGGCGCCGGGGCCGGGGGAGGGAGACAGGAAGGGGGGAUAAUAAAGAACAGAGGCAGCGCGAGCGGGCGGCGGCACCGGGUCGGGCAGGGCACGGCAGGGCAGCGCCGCCGCCUCCCCGCCCCCGCCCCCGCCUCGUCCAUUGUGCGCGGCCCGGCCCGGCCCGGCCCGGCCUGGCCCCAGGCAGCCCGCGCCCAAACGCGCCAGGGGCCGGUGACCUUGGAGGAGGCGGCUGUGUACUUCGCCAUGGAUCAGUGGGCUGCUGGGGACCCCAGGAAGGCUCUGUACAAGGACGAUGCGCAGGAGAAUUAUGACACCCUGGUGACUCUGAGUGAUGGUACAGCGAGUGAGAAUGAGGAGGAGGCCCCUGAGCAGGAAGGCCCCGAAAUCGUUGAGAUGGACACGGCGCUGAUCAGCAGGCCUGAGGAGACCGUUCCUCAGAGCCCUAACACCCAGGGCCCAACCUGUGAGAGCCUGCGCUGGACAGUGGUCCAGCAGAUCGACUCCCCAGGAAAGCCACGGCGGGGGGGCAAGGCCGCACCCUCCGGUGCUGCCUUCCCAAACUUCAAGAGCAUCAUUGUGCUGCAGAAGAGCUAUGAGUGCGGCGAGUGUGGAAAGACCUUCAGCUGUAGCUCGCACUUCAGCAAGCACCGCCGCACCCACACGGGUGAGAAGCCCUACCUGUGCCUACACUGUGGCAAGAGUUUCAAUGUCAGCUCCAACCUCUACCGCCACCAGCGUGCCCAUGCGGCUGAGCGGGCCUGCCCACGGCCCGAGGGCCUGCCCGCCACCUCUGCUGCUCCUCCACCACGCCCCCGUGGCCUGCCCUACAAGUGCGAGGAGUGUGGCAAGAGUUUCCGGCGAAACACGGAGCUGGUGACCCACCAGCGGCUGCAUACGGGGCAGCUGCCUUUCCAGUGCUCCCAUUGUGGCAAGAGCUUCUCCUGGAGUUCCCACUUUGACCGGCACCAGCGCAUCCACACGGGGGAGAAGCCCUACCAGUGUCCUGAGUGUGGGAAGCGCUUCAGCCGCAGCUCCCACCUGUACCGGCACCAACGCACGCAUGCUGGGGGCCGCUCUUACAUCUGCACGUACUGCGGGCGCAGCUUCAACAGCACCCUGCACUUUGAUCGGCAUCAGCGCACCCACACCGGCCAGCGCCCCUACAAGUGCACCCUGUGUGGCAAGGGCUUUAGUGAUGGGCCCGCCUUGGUGAAGCACCAGCGCCUGCACCUGGGCGAUGGGCCCUUCCACUGUGAGGAGUGUGGGAAGAGCUUCGGGGCGCGGGCCCAGUAUGCCCGGCACCGGCGCAACCUGCAUGGCGGGGGUGGGGGUGAGAAGCCCUACCGUUGUGGCGACUGCGGGAAGAGCUUCUCCUGGAGCUCCCACUGGGAGCGGCACCAACGCAUUCACACUGGGGAGCGCCCUUACCAGUGUGGCGACUGCGGCAAGCGCUUCGGGCGCACCUCCCACUUGUACCGGCACCAGCGCACCCAUGCUGGGGGCCAGCCCCAUGUCUGUGCUGACUGCGGCAAGAGCUUCAACAGCACCCUGCACUUCCACAAGCACCGGCGUGCUCACCUGGGCGAGGCACCCUGCCACACCUGCCCCGACUGCGGCAAGGCCUUUGCUGAUGGCUCAGCCCUGGCCAAGCACCGGCGCACACACACUGGCGAGCGCCCCUUCCCCUGUCCCCAGUGUGGUCGGCGCUUCAGUGUCAGCUCUCACCUCUACCGGCACCUACGCAGCCACACGGAAGAGAAGCCCCUUGAGGAGCUGCAGGAGGUGCUGCAGGAAGAGCUCACGCCAUACUAGGCUCAGGACCCUGGCUCAGGAUGGAGGCCCCUCCACAUGCCAACAGGGGCAUUAGUGGGGACACAACAGCCCUAAGCCAAGUGUUGACCCUCUGUGGGGUGCAGAGGCAUCCCAAAGAAAACCAAGCAGUCCUGCUGCCAUCUGGCAGGGGCCCUGAUGCUACCAGGAUGGGCAUGGGGUACGAGCUCAAGCCAAAGCCCACAAUGGUCUUGAUGGACUUCAAUUCAGGCCCCGAGAUCGUAGAUAGACAUGGUAGAUUAGGUAGGUAGCUUAGAUAGAUGGGAGGUAGAGCAGGCUGGAGCUGGUGCCAGGGGACUGGGUAUGGAGGACUUCAGAGAGGGAAAACACUAUUUGGCAUUGGAGCCCAGAGCCUGCUUCCUUUCUUGCUCCCCCUGGAGUCACUGGGGCGGGUUCCCUUUACAGCUCACCCAGAUGCAAAUCAGGAGUGACCACAAGGGAGCCAAUGCCCCCCUCCCUUAGCUUGGAGUGAAUCGGGAGCAAGCCUAAAGGAGUCACUGGGCAUGGUUCACCCCUCGCCAAGUGUAAAUCAGAAAGAAACCAACUGCAGUCCCUGGGACUGAUUGCCGUCUUACACAUUGUUGUGUAGGCCAGGAGGGACCCCACUGGAGUCCAUGCAGUUACAACAGGCAGGAGACCAGGCUCCAGAUGUCUGGUGAGAGAGUAUUGCUGAUGUUGUCUCCAUGGUGACCCUGGGACUGCUGCUGAUAAACAAGCCUCACCUGUGCACUCCUGCUCUGGACUAGAAACACAUGGUUGCUGUGAGUGCAGGAUGAGUGUGCCCAGCACUGCUUUCUGGAGUAUGUUUGAGACUGAGACCCUGAGAGCAUUCCUGGGCAUGCGCCCAGCAGUGAUACAAGAUCUUUUCCAGGAAGAGGCAUGCAUGGAGCAGGAGAAUGUAGGAGGGAAUUGUUCCUUUUCUGCAGGUUCAGGAUCACCUCAGAAGGAGUCGUAAAAGCAAGGGUGGGAGGCAGCUGGCUGCCAGGAGUGAAGAGUUGAAGUCACUGGGGAUCAGGUUAGUGGGAAGAGGACCUCGGGGAUGGCACUGGAAAGUAUAUGGGACCCCAGGACAGAGGCACAGAGGGCUUGGGGGAGUUAGGACAGCUGUGGGAAUGAGCGAGUGGGUGUGUGGGUGAUAGAGAAUGAGCAUGGUUAUGGAGUGGGCAACUAAGGAAGGAGCCAGUUCUGCUGGGGUUUAUGGUAUGAGAAAGGGAGAUGGGACUGUUGCCUGUCCCUUUAUUUCUCUGUGCCCUGUUUCCUGUUUGCACUGGAGUUUGAGAGUGGGAAUAAAGGAAAAUUACCUUACAUAAGAAAAUAUAGGACCCCUCUCAAAGCCACCUGGGAGUGGGAUGUGUGAGAAGGAGCUGAGAAUUUGGGUGGGUAACACUCAGAAUUUGAGUAGGAGUAGGUGGAGAGCAGGUCUUGUAGUGAAAAAAAUCAGUGUGGUUGAUCUGUAUAGCUCGUAGCCCCAGGAAAUUAUUGUGACAAACAACUCAGCAAAAACCUCUCCCAGCUUGAUAUUGCAAGCUGGGGCCUGCUGGAGGAGGGCACUGGGAUCUAUACUAAGUGAGUUUUGGGGUGUAUGAAAAGCUGUAGAAAGAGAGGCUUGAGACCAUCUUGUUCUGACCCUAAUUCAGGGCACACUGGGUGAGCUCCCUGCAUUCUUUUGUUCUGGGGGGAAGAGGAGGGGUGAGGUUGUUCAGCAUAGGAAGCUAGUAACUCCUGAAAUAAGCUAUCUGAUCUGAGAAGGGGGAAAGUCUUAACUUCAGGAACUGUACCCAACUUGGGAUCAUUAACAGCUACUUCUUGGAAGAAUCUGGGAGGGAUUUUGCAGAAAUACACUAAGAGGGACAAGGAUUUCUUAGGCUGAUACCUAUUAUCAGACCAACCGUGUUGUUGGGAUAGAGUUAGACAAGUAUUUGAAUGCAAGACAUUCUUCAUCAUCAUCAGUGACCCACCUAAGAAAUCUUUUUCACACAAAUUUCUGGACCAUCAUGGCUACAACAUCACUCAUAUGCUACUGAAAUAUAUUGUUAGAGGCCUGGGGACAAAUUCUUUGUUGUGUAAAUUCACUGCAGUGGACCUCACCCAUUUGUCCUCAGUGACAAUUUAACCCCCUCUCUACACUAGGUUUAUGCCUUGCCAAUCCAUGCACAUUGUACUGGUUUAACUAGGUGUACUAGGGCUGUGUGAAGCUUCGGUCCCCGAUUCAAUUCAGCAGAGAUUCGUCCCAAUUCGGUGGCCGAAUCUCCAAAUCUGAAUCGAAUGAGAAGACUCUUUAAUCUCUCUGAAUCGAGUCGGAACCCUUUGAAUAAAUUUGGAGAGAUUUGGAAACAUUCAGCAAUUCAGACAUAGACACAGCUUUAAAUGUUUUUUCUACAUACCUCUAGGUAGCAGGCAGCUUGUGAGUGCUGCAAUGCUGGGGUGUCCCACAGAAGCAUGGGGGGCUCCCCAGCGGUCUUGGCAGCAGACCCAGAAGUGGACCAGAAGCACUUCUGGCCCACUUCCAAAUCUACUGGGGAGUGUGCUGGGGCCCCCCCCCCCCCCCACGCUCCCCCAGCUUAGUGACUGGUGCCUCCUGUGUCUGGGGGGGCACCCGGGGUCCCCCUGCGGCCGAUCACUGGGGGGGGGGGAGUCCUCAGCGUGCUCCCCAGCAGACCUGGAAGUGGACUGAAAGUGUUUCUGGUCCACUUUCGGAGGUCAGCUGUCAAGUGCGCUGGGGAGCCCCCUGUGCUUCUGUGGGAUGCUCCAUCUGCCCUAGCAUCGCAGAGAUCAUGAGCCAUGCUGCUACCUCAAGGUAUGGAGAAAAAACUUUUAAGGCUGUGUGUCUAUGUCCAAAUCACUGAUUCUCCGAAUCAGCAUCGAAUCUUCAGGUUCGGAUUCGGCCGAAUUGAAUCAGAGACAGUGAUCCAAAUCAACUAAUCAAAUCACCGUCCCCAAUUCUGGCUGAAUCCAAAUCAAAUAGGGCUCGUUUUGCACACCCCUAGUGAGCGCUGUUAGUGGGAACUCACUUAUAUUGAUAUAAAGGUAUCUUAAGAAUGGCAUGGUUAUUUCCUGGAGGGAAGGGAGACAUGCUAUGCCUGUAUAAGGCAUUUAUGUAGCAGUGUAUCUGUGUCCUCACUAAGUUUUGUAUGUAUUUAACUAUUUUGGUAGGAAAGUUCACCCUUCACCCAAACAGCUAAACUGGUAAAAAACGUGUGCGCAGACAAGGCCCCAUUUCUUUGAAACGCACCACUGCUGCUGUCCCUGUUUCAGCUCUAGUCUUGGUGGCAGCAGCCCUGAUAUGCUGGACAACCUGACUUUAAGCCCUGUGUGGGGUAGUAGGUCAGGUCUGCACUUGCCAACAGAGCACUUAAAAUGUAGGUGCAUGCCUGGCAUCCUGCUGAGAGUAGCACUUAGGCCAUUGCCGCCAUUGGUAACUGAAAUGGUGCUAAUGAGGAGUUUGUUGUGUUUGGCCACACAGCCUGUUGAACGCAUGGGCAGUGAAGCAGCAGGCCUUUUCUGUGCUGUAGAUUACUGAGUCCCAGUCAAGGGCAUGAUUUGGGGAUUGGCUCUGGUUGGAUGGGUGGUCGCCUGGGUAAAGUGGAAUUGUACAUUCUCCUGACUGCUGGCCUUGCCCAAAAGAACCAUAGUCUGAAGUUAAAUGUAACUUGGAAAGGAGUUUUGCCCUGGGUUGGGUUUUUUUUGCUGCUUUUACUUGUCUUUUACAUUAGAAAAUCAGGUCUUGAUUACCCUGGAAAAUUCUCUAGCAGUGGUUCUCAACCUUUUUUAGACUCAGGGCACCCCUUGUUGUACCCAGUCAACACCAGGGAAAAAUGGUAAUCUGAGUGAGAGAUUCAGCAUGAGAAGUAAGACUUGUUUGGUUAUAUCUUUUAUUUGACCAAUGCACUAGUUGGGAGAGAUGUUUGACCAGCUUUCAGGAUACAAGGCAACAUUUUCAAACAUGGCUGCCAAAAUGGGUAUUUAGGCACAUAUUUAGGCACAUUCAUAAUUAUAUUAUUUAAUAUAUUUAUUAUGUAAUUAUUUAGGUGCCUAAAAGUGUGAAUUUAGUAGCCCAGUUUUAGACACUAAGGUUUGACAGUGUUACAGUGAAACAUCCAAUUAGUAUUUGUAAAGCCAGGUGUAUACUACAAAGACUUUCUGGUAUAACUGUUGGUUAAAGUAUGAAAAAAUGUCAUAUCCUUAACUGACUUGGCUAUGCUGGAAAGCAUGAUAAGUAGCUGCAAUUUAUACUAUCCUGAGAUGCCUUUUGCCAGGAUAUUUAGGCAGUAUAUGUUGUUUAUGUUUAACAAUACAGGAAAGGAACUCCUGUUAGGGUAGGCUAUAUUUCUUGGUGAGGGACUGGCUAAUACACUCUACCAACAGCAUCUUUAUCAAGUAGACCAGCCCCUUGGGCCUGAAGAAAUCCUCCAGCCUCCCCAGAGAGGAUCAGGCUGGAUAUGCCUGGUGUUAGAAACGUGAAAAAAAAGCAUCAAAGAGAAAAAUGUAUUUCCAGGGGGAAAAAAACCAUGCAAACCUUCAUUAUGCACCACAAAGAAACAACUGAAAGUUGUGAACCUGCUUUCCUUUUCCUUAAUUUGGCAUUGGUCUGUUGUACAAUGGACCCAUGCCCCAGCAGCAAGGAGGCAUCUUUAUAGAGACAGGCAGAGAAGCAGUUUAACUUUUAAGCUUGACCCGCCAAGCUAUGUAGGCAGUUCUCAGAACAGAGUUAACUGUACAUCAGCUUCACGGCUGUCCUUGCUGUCUGAUCCAGCUCUGUUUGAGGUGAGCAGGAACUGUGUGUGUAUUGUGAAUAAAAUAGACUAGAGAAAAAAAUA